AUGGUGGGACAAGAGGAUCCCGUGCAGCGGGAGAUUCACCAGGACUGGGCGAGCCGGGAGUACAUUGACGUCAUCACCAGCAGCAUCAAGAAAAUCGCAGACUUUCUCAACUCGUUUGAUGUGUCUUGUCGUUCAAGACGCGCAACACUAAACGAGAAACUGACAGCUCUUGAACAGAGAGCUGAAUGA